CAGCCGAACCCCCAGCGAGCGCCUUAGCGGCAGCGGGGCACCAGGAAUUUCUAGGACUCGCGUGUGCGUGUUAGACGAGUGUUGGCAGCCGUACCGUGCGCACAGUGUAGCCCGUGAACCUCCGUAGACACCGUUGGCUCCGUUGCCCCGUUUGGCUCAGCCAGCUUUACCCCAGUUCCCAGUCCGGUGUUUGUCGCGUCCGGAUUGCUUGACAAAGAAAAACAACCAGACCACCCGUUUCCGGCUGGUUGCGCAGUGUUGCGUGGUCGUAGUCUGGUGCGAAAUUCUGCAAUUGUGCAACCCGCUGAGCGGCCAUCCAGCAUGGGGGUGAAGAUGAUGUGACCGACCCACGAGCGCCUGGGGGGAGGAGAACGCGAGAGCGACUGGGUGGGAAUAGAAAAAGAGUUCCAUUUGUGCGACAGAGUGAGUGAGAUAAAGCACAACGGUUUCGUCCCAUCGGCGCUGUUUCGUUUGUGUGAGUGUAGUGCGUUAGUGUGUGUAGUGAUGUGAAAGAAAAAAAAAGUAACGAACCUCUCGGCCAGUACGGCACAGUGCUUGCAAAAUUUAGCAGUAAAAAAAAAGUUUAGAAAACCUUAAACAAGGAUCCACUAAAAAAAUAAAAACACACAACCCGGCCCAGCACGACCCUUCGUUGUGGCGGUGGAAACGACGGGCUAAUAAAAUCGUGUUUUUCAUUCUCCCGCCGGUAGAAAACGGUGCGCGCGUGUGUUUGGAUAAUUUAAGUGCACCGGCCCAGGCCGCAAAACAGUGACAGUGAAAACGUUCUUGUUGGGCCAGGGCGCGGCAACAAGCGUUCGCUAGCAGCAUACCGCAACAUACAACAUUGCUCCAUUCUUCCCAUUCUUUGAUUGGUGUACGUUGUGCGUCAUACUGCAAACUUAUAUAUUAGCACACAGCUAUACCAAGCGGAUAUAUCAACAUAUAUGCAUAUUAUCUACCCGGUUUUUGCCAGUUAGCGUUGGAAGCAAGAAUAGAAACAAACAAACAACGGCAAAUAAAAAACAAAAAAAGGUUUUCCCUGUUCAUAAGUACACAUAGCCAGCAGCAGCGUACAUAUAUAAAUAUAUAUAUACAUACAUAGUAGCUUCUAAUAAUCCCCGUACUAUAAAUAUUAUUGUAUAGAGUUCGUAGUGCAGCAAACGCAACGGUCCUAUAUCUAGCCAAAAAAGGAAUAUUCGUUAAAGCGCUUGCAGAAACGACGUUGAGUAGCUUGUUGUCGACUACUUGUUGAAGCUACGGCCCCCGGGGUGUGAGCAACCAAUUUUUUGACUGCUGCUGCUGAGUGUUUGAUGUGUGGGCAGCCAGACACACACAUACAGAUCUUCGAAGAAGCAUCUAGAUGUUAUCCAUCCAGUGAGGCAAGGUUAAGCAAAAAUCAAAGCACCUACGCAAUAUUUAUUGCGACUAAACGGACGGAUUUGGGUAGAUUCGCUCGAACGCGAGAGAGAAAGACCCAGCAAGAUUAAUAAGUGUUAAUAUCCUCGCAGGCACGUGUGUCAGCAAGGGGUACAGCAAACAGGGAAGCAGUGGAAAAUUAAAUCCUUCUUCAAUGAAAACGCUUUCCAGCUCAGAAUAGCCCAACGAGUGAACGUGUUACGCACAAGAGAUUGGUUUCUUGUAAGCUUGUAAAAAAAGCAAACCCCACCCAGCCAAGAAAACAAAAAACAACGCCCAAGUAAGCUUCGGAUCAAGGGACGAAUCCCCUCUCACACACACACACACACACACACACACACACACACACACACACACACACACACACACACACAUACACCCUUCCCCGGGACAGUUCUGAGCCGUCGCGCGUUGCUUGGGCGUGGUUGGUUGGAAAAAGUUUGCAAAAAUUGUGUGGACGAGAUCAUCGAAUUUUGAGUGUAACAAAAAAAGGGGCCUGCAAACACACUGCAUCGAUUCGGUAAGAAGAGGAAGGAAGAAAGGCUGUAAAGUGUUGCAACAGAAAGAGAGGGAGAGGGGUUUAAUAUAGAAAAGAAAAACAUUAACAACAAGUUCAAACGAUGUAACAAAAAAAAAAAAGCUGACUGUUAGUACGAACCGGAACGAAACGCGUACUGAAUGUUCCAGUAACUCUGUAGCAGCAGCAGGAAGAGAGCUAAAAGAAGUGAAUUUCCAAGAAGCAGAAUCACUAAAGCAAAAGGUAGAAAGUGAAGCAACAAGACACACAUACACAUACACAAACAUAACCAACAACAACCAAACAAGGUUCAGUCUUCUAUGAAUUGUGACACGCCGGUACAGCGCACCGUAGCACGAAGGCCGCACGGAAGAUGUCCACUCUGAAGGAACGCAACAAAAUGUGCCAUUCUAAUUUAAUAUUCAUUGUGCUCUUCAUUUGUACUGAUUAUGUAACGGGCGAUAUCAGUACAUCCUUAGCCUUAAGUAAGUUGAACUCUGGUGCAACAUUUUUCGCUGGACCAUACCUAGACGGGAGCGGCGUUAGCAAUGUAACUACACAAAUCGGAACACAUGCAUAUCUGCCGUGCAAGGUGAAACAGCUAGGGAACAAAUCUGUUUCGUGGGUACGAGUGAGAGAUGAUCACAUUCUCACAGUGGACAGGAUGACAUUUAUAGCCGACGAGCGCUUUCAAUCAUUCUACGUGGAGAGCAGCGGCGUAUGGACGCUGCAGAUCAAAUACGUGCAGGCCCGUGACGCUGGCAUUUACGAGUGUCAGGUGUCGACGGAACCGAAAAUCAGCGCCCGAGUACAUCUGCAUGUCGUUGUGCCAAGAACCGAGCUUAUAGGUGACUCCGAUCGCUACGUCAAGGCCGGCAGUGCCGUCAUCCUGCGAUGUGUGGUCCGGGGCGCCCUCGAGCCACCUUCCUACAUCAUCUGGUACCACGGUACGCAGCAGAUCUUCACCGAGAGCCGGCGCGGCUGGAAGACGCAGCUGGACCGCGGUGCACCCGAUCUCGAUGGGGACAUCCACAGUACGAUUGGCUCGCUGAUAAUAGAAUCGACGAGAAAGAAGGACUCCGGAAAUUACUCCUGCAGCCCAUCCAACAGUCCACCGAUCACUGUUUCACUGCACGUUAUCAACGGAGAAUCGUCUGCAUCCGCUGUCACGUCAUCGGCAAGAUCGCUGUUUGAUGACAGCAUAUCGAUGUUCAAGCAGCGCAAUCUACAGAUUCUACUCCGGCAUAGGUCAUUUGUUAUGCUACUUGUAUUGGUUAUCUAUGCUCAGCUAAGCUGUCAUGUGAACUAUAGUCUUUAAGCAUAAAGUUAGACGUAUUAAGGCAGAUUUAGAGCAGCAACAAGCAACAAAGGGGGGGCGGGAGAAACGGGAGGGAAAAAAUGGGAAAACGCAAGCGUUCGCAAGAGAUAAACAAAAAAGUGGCGCAAGCAAAAAGCCCACUUAUCCACUGGCAAAAAAUAAAAGGAAAAGAAAAACAAACAAAAAUCAAAGCAAAUGAGAGAAAGAGAGAGAGAGAAAAAAAGUACACAAGACGCGACGCAAACGUAAUGAUAAGUUAUAAUACAACCAAAACAAAACAAAAACUAAGAAAGCAACAAAAAAAACAAUACCGAACAAGUAAAAGGUAAUUCGAAAAUCAUCCACGUCCAUUCUCUAUCGCUAAAUACACACACUUAAGGUGGUAAGGUAAGAAGACCGGCAGACUAUCGGCCCCCAUCCCGGCUGCUGCAAAGCCGAACGGGGUCGAGAGGUGAAAAUUUUGCUCACAUAUAAACCAAAAAAAAAACAAACAAACGGUAAAACUCGAAUCUCGAAUCAUUACACACAAGACACAACCCACACACACAGAAUUGGGAGAAGAAAAAAACCACAACGGUUAAAUGAAGCUCAUUCUCGACUGAUAAGAAGACGGCUGCAAAAAAUGAGGGAUGAGAAAAGAGAGCCGAGUGAAAAUGUUUCAGUAGAGUUUUGUUAGGGAAUGGUUUGGAGCAUCGGGAAUGAUGGGAGGAGCACACAUAACAAAAACAAACAACAAACACAACCACAGACACACACACACGCAGGGAAAGCUCUAAGGACGGAUGGGCUAAUAGUGACGGACGGGAACGUGUUUUUCCCGCCAAGCGAACCAGUGGCGAAGUUCAAACGAGUGGAAAGCUGCUGCUGGUCAAACGCUGAAACAAGGGCAGAUCACAGGGACUGAGGCGCACUACGCACGUUGUAAGCAGGUGGCAGCGCACCUGCAGAUUGUUUUUUGUUUCUUUGUGGUUGUGGUAGCGCGUAAGAUGCUUCAAUUUAGCCUCUAGCUUUUUCUUUCUCUUUCCCGCAUCACAAAACGGUUUCCAUGUGGGUCGGAAUUGGCCUGUUUUUUUUUUGUUGAUGGUGUAGCAUAUGUGGUCACUCGAGUUCAAGACAGACCAUCCAGCGCUGCUCUUCGAUUUUUGGGUUAUUUAUGCUGUUUUUCGUCCUCAACGGUGUGUAUCAAAUGGUAGCAAAGAAAAACACACCCACACAAACAUUCCGACAGGCAUUUCAUGCGUGUGUGUGUGUGUGUGUGUGUGUGUGUGUGUGUGUGUGUGUGUGUGUGUGUGUGUGUGUGUGUGUGUGUGUGUGUGUGAGCUUUUUGACGAGAACACACCCACUUCGAACCGACAGCCCACAGCAGCAUCCAGCUCCAAUUUGGUUAAGCAAGUCCCCCGAAAACUUUACUCCAUCAAUGUCAAUGUUUUUCUGCUCGAAGGAAGACGAAAUUUUCUUUCUACUUUUUUGUUUGGGUCACCGCUGGCCCCUCCUUGUGUGCUUUGUUCGGUACAGUUUUUUGUUGCCAAGGAAGUUUUGUGCUCUAGUUUCGGGCAUUGGCGCAAACAGCGUGUAUCACUGUGUGGGUAAGAGCGUACGCUAUUCGAUCAUGUCGUUAGCGUCGGCUGCUUCAUGAUGAAGCAGGUGAUGAUGAUGAUGACGAGGGAGAGCAUAUUUUCGUUUCACACAGUGGCACACGGCACUGUUUGAAAAUAUGAUGUAGUCGUGUUUUGUUGUUAUCGGACCCACUCGGAGAGGCGCAGUGCGUGGAAACAACUUUUCCACUAUCGAUCACUGCUGAAACACGUGCGCAGAACGAGAAAAAAAAACGUAGCGUCCUCGUUGAAAAGCGUUGUAGAAAGAAGAAAGAGGAAGAUAUUGCCUGUGAAAAAUAUACACAAACAAACAAGCAAACAAACGAACAAAAAACACAAGACUUCACACAAAUAUCGCUCACCCAACGAAAAGUGUGAAAUAACAGAGACAGCAAAACAGGUACAUACAGCAUACAGCAAAAAGAUAAAAAAACACUUACACUCACAUACGGUAAAAACAGAAAAUCAUCGUUAGCAAAACAGUCCUACUGAUACGUUAAUAUAAAUAAUCAUUUUAUUGAACCCAGCAGAACAAGAGGGAUGGUGGGGAACAGAAGAGCGAAAAUAUAAAGCGAAGAACUGAACAAAUUGAACAAAGCAUCUACUAAAACACACACAAACACAAACAGUCAAACUAACCAGAAUAUCCAAGAGCGUAACGCAAAGUUGUGUAAGUUAAUUGACAAACGAAAGCGAACAAAACGUGCAGUCACAUGUUAUACUCUCCUACGAGCGAUAGACAAGUAACUGAGACGGAGGGAGACGAAGGGAGACGCCAAGUAAUAACUAUUUAAAAUAAACGAUAAACAGACAGAGGCAAACCAAACAGUGGGAAGAGCGAAGAGGAACGCAAACAGUAAACAAAACAUACCAGAAAAGCAAAAAAUUAACCACCCCCUCCCGAAUACCACUACCGGUGCGUGGAAGAGGAAGCAGAAUACGAAACGGAAACAGUUCUGUUUCCGCUGUCAUGUAAAAUGUUAUAACUUACUUAUACUACUACAACAAGUUGCCAGUGCAAUGUGUGUGCGUGUGUGCGAGCAGAAGGAAGCGUAGACAGGGGUGGGGCAGCAAGAUUGCAAACACAUAACAUGUAACAGUGACACAGCCACAUCAAACAGACGUACAAAAGAAGCUACCACUACUACACAACGCCAUCCCAUGAAAACGAAACAAAAACCGAACACACAAUAGAAACGAAACACGCAUACACACCGUGUAACACAGUCCAUGCGGCCACGCAGCAGAGUAAAUCAGUAUUUGAGGAUCAGGAUCAGGAGCGAAACAAAGCGUUCAAUUUUAAAUCCGGAAUGGCAAACGGCACAAGGAAAACGGUAAACGAUCCUUCAAAUGCAUGCAAAGUGAGUGAUGGGGAGGCAAGCAAUGAGGAUCACUUACUACCCCCCCCCCCCCCCCCCGGAAAGGAGCAUCAUUUGAGCAUCAUCGCCAUCAUCAACUUCAUCGCAGUGGUGGCCAACUUUCAACACUGGACUGUCCGGAAGUGCAGAAGGUAAGCAUGCAUCGCCUAAACAAACGAAGCCAACAGAAUGGCGCCCAGAAGAAACAAAAAAAAAACCGAAAAAGAGAGGACGAAAAAGAAAGAAAGAGAAAGAGAAACGAACAACGGUUGCCAUAAAGGAUGCAGAUUAAUGUUUCAGCAAGCAUGUAAAGCAAAGGUAAACGUAUCAAAUAAAAAGGCUAAAAAAUGGAAAAG